AUGAAGUCCCCACUGGGUGACGAGACCGUUGCGGUCGUCGCCGCCACGUUCUGUGCGCUCCUCGCGUUUCUCCAAGGAAUCGAUGCAACAACCAUCGCUGGAUUCACUGCCAUGCCAGGCUUCCUCAUGGACUUCGGAUAUUACGACAAAGCGCUGGGCAUGUACAACAUCGAUGCCAAUACGCAGCUAAUGAUCACUUGCAUGGUCAGUGUCGGUGCUGCGAUUGGCUCAGUCAUAGCCGGACCGCUGGGGGUGCGAUACGGACAGAAGAAAGGAUGCAUUUCUGUCGCCAUUGUUUCGAUGAUCGGUUCCUCGGUUCAAGCUGGCACGAGACACCUGGGUGGACUGAUCCCUGGUCGUAUACUGGUCGGAAUUGGCAUCGGCAUGGCGACCAACUUUGUUCUAGUCUAUCAGUCCGAGGUAUCUCCUCGACGGUGGCGUGGCAUGCUCUUGGGGUCGUACUUGGUCAUCUACGCUGUCGGAGGAUUUGUCGGUACUUGCAUCAACCAGGCGACCCACACUAUGUUGAACCCAUGGAGCUACCGGAUCCCUCUCCUAACACAGCUUGCCUGCCCAGCUCUUUUCUUGUGUGGAGCAUACUUUGUACCAGACAGUCCGCGUUAUCUUGUCAGUCGUGGUCGGAUUGCGGAGGCCUACCAAUCAUACGAGCGCCUGCAUGGUCACUCUGCGGAAGCUGAGAUUCUGCGAGAGCAAGAAAUGAGAGAGAUCAUUGCUUUUGUGGAAUUCGAGAAGCAACAUCAGCGAAGCACAACUUAUGUGGAUUGUUUUCGUGGCACUGACCGACGUCGCACCCUGAUUGCAAUGGGCUUGAUGACCUGUCAAAACUUUGGAGGAAGGGACUUCCUCUUCAGCUAUGGAACCUACUUCUUUCUUGUUGCUGGAGUCAGCGAUCCGUUCCUCAUUAGUGUCAUUCUUAACAUGUCGACUAUUGUGGCCACGGUCAUUGCGAUUCCAUUGGUCAAGUACGUUCCUCGACGGAAAAUCUUGCUUCCUAGCAUCGCGGCUUUCGUCACCUGUCUCCUCAUCUUUUCCUCCGUUGGAACCGCAAUCCCAGGCAGCUUGAUCGCGUCGAAGAUUCUGAUCACAUUCAUGAUUCUCUACAACUUCUUCUUUACCAUCGCGUUGGUAUCUCUGGCCUCGAUAAUGAUAUCCGAGACUGCGUCGACUAGGCUUCGAUCACCAGCACAGUCUAUUGCAGUCUUCACCGCCUGGGGAGAAGCCGUUUUCUGGACGGCAAUCUUGCCUUAUUUGAUCAAUCCAACCAAAGCAAACCUUGGUGCGAAAAUAGGGUUCAUGUACGGCGGCUUCGGUAUCUGCAUUUUCCUCUUCGUGUUCUUCUGUGUACCCGAGUACCUCGGCAGAAGCCUCGAAGAGCUCGACGAGCUUUUUAUCAAACGCGUCCCAACAAGAAAGUUCAGCUCCUUUGUAUGUACCGGAACUGUCGAUGGGCAAACCGUGGACGAGAAAAGUGCUCAGGUCUUGGACGGGAAGGCAGGGCUCAAUUCAGAGCAUAUCGAAGUUCCUGAACCUAGAGUCGAUGCCUAA